AUCAUUCCUGGGCGAGAUGUCUUGACGUCGCCUUCUUUUGCUGUUUGUUUUGUGAGUUGGGGGUGUAUAGGGGUAGUAAGGGGAGUAAGAGUUACCUUGCUUGAAUAAAGCGUAGAACUGAGUGUUUGUUAGUAAAUGGCAUCGUCUACGCGCUCUCACUCACUCUCAACUUCUGGUCAGUCGACGUUUGGACUGGUCCUUCUUUAGGGAGUGAGUUGACGAUAGAAACUGCCUUUAUUCGAGCUAUUAGAUUAUUUUACUACAAAUUAUUACUAAAUUUAACCUUUUCAAACUUUGCUGACAUGGUCGUUUACUUCAAAACGCUACCCUGAGCUUCUUGAAAUUUAACGUCAUAGAGUGAAAUUUAGAAAGGACAUACUAUGGCUUGCUUACCCGCUAUUCCAUUCCUUGGAUUCGCUAGUCCUAUUAUUUCCAGCUGUGUAGGUGCUCUCGCAUUCUGUUGCACCUCCACCGCCUUAUCAGCGAUGUUCAAAUCAUGCAAUUGCAACUCCUCUGUAGCCACCAGGAUCGGCUACAGCAUUAUAUUCACCAUCAACUCUCUACUCGCCUGGCUAAUGCGGACGCGAUGGGCGAUACAUGCACUCGAGAAGCUCACAUAUGACUACCUUAAGAUGGAUUGUCCUUCUGGUAAAUGCUACGGUGUGUUAGCCGUUCACAGGUUCUGUUUUGCUUUAUCACUGUUCCACGCGAUUUUGGGAUUGUUAUUAGUAGGCGUGAAGGAUACACGUACUAAUAGAGCAUCUAUACAAAAUGGCUGGUGGGGUCCAAAGUUCAUGCUCUGGAUAUCACUUAUUGUUGUUUCAUUUGCAAUUCCUAACGACUUUUUCAUCUUCUGGUCCAACUAUUUAGCUUUGAUUGGGGCAUCGAUUUUCAUCCUUGUUGGAUUGGUCCUCUUGGUUGAUUUCGCACACACUUGGUCAGAGACCUGCCUUGAUAGAUGGGAAGACUCAGAAUCUAAUACCUGGAAGUACAUUCUCCUAGGCAGCACGUUAGGAAUGUAUAUCACUUCAAUCACAUUCACCAUACUCCUUUUGGUAUUCUUCACAGGAUCUUCUUGCACACUUAACAACACUUUCCUCUCCAUUCAUUCAGUUUUGAUUGUAGCUAUCACAAUCCUCUGCAUUCACCCAGCAGUUCAAGAUGCAAAUCCAAAGUCAGGUUUGGCACAAGCAUCGAUGGUUGCAGCAUAUUGUACAUACUUAACAGCAUCAGCUAUUGUCAACAGAGGAGAAGAAGGUGCAUCGGAAUGUAAUCCACUUGGUGGUGGAAGUUUCGCAUCACAUACUUCUACUGUCGUUCUUGGUGCCCUGUUCACACUCUUAGCUGUAGCUUAUUCGACUACGAGAGCUGCAACGCAAUCUAAAGCACUCGUAGGUAAGAAUAAGAAGAGGGUAGAGAUAACUGGUGGUGAAUACGAAGCUCUGAAUGAUAAUGCUGAUGUUGUAUCGAGCCAACCUAAACAAUCUGACAAUAUCCGCACACAAGCUCUCAUGGCCGCCGUUGAAGCUGGCUCCUUACCAGCUUCCGCGCUGGAUGACGCAGAGGCUGCCGAAGAAGAAGAUGAAGAUCAUGAUGCUGGUGAAUUGAAUGAAAAUGAUGAUGAAAAGAGCGGUACAAAGUACAAUUACAGCUGGUUCCACGUUGUCUUCAUUCUUGCCGCGAUGUACGUCUCGAUGUUGCUCACUGAUUGGAAUAAAAUCCAAUCAGGUAGCGAAAACGAGAAUGGUGAUGAGUUGAUAAGAAUUGGUCGUUCACCUGCGGCCAUGUGGGUUAGAAUGAUAAGCGCCUGGUUGUGCUUUUUCAUAUAUAUAUGGACCCUGCUAGCACCUGUCUUCUUUCCAGAUAGGUUCGAAGGUCUUUUAGUGUAAUAUUAAUAUUAAGAAAUUGUAUAAUAACGUUUUCACAAUACAUUAUCUAAAUCACAAAAAAGAUUU